AUGAAGAGCGACGAGAAGAAGAGCGAGGCCGGUUCCUCUGGGAUCAGGGACUCGGUAGCAUCCCGGGAGAAGCUUGAGGCCCAGAUCAAGAGUGCCGACAUGACUGAGGAGAUGCAACAAGAGGCUAUUGAGGUUGCCCAGGAGGCGAUGGCGAGGUUCACCAUUGAGAAGGACAUCGCUCAGCACAUUAAGAGAACGUUUGAUGAAAGGAAGGGCCCAACCUGGCACUGCAUCGUGGGCCGUAACUUCGGCAGCUUCGUGACUCACGAGACGAAGCACUUCAUCUACUUUUACCUUGGCCACUGCGCCAUCUUGCUGUUCAAGACCCAGUAG